UAUUUUCAGCUACUUUUAAAUAUUUUCUAAUGAGCAUUAUUAAAAAGAAGAGAAUUGAAGAAAAUGUUGAGGGAGGGACUUUUUCAACUCCUCCUUCACACUUCGUUCCCAACUCAAAACAACGCUACAGAAAAAUUGUGUAUGUGCCUGGAAUUCAAACUUUGAUUGGGACAACAACAACACAGCCAAACCCGCAACACUCUUUUAGAUGGGACAAUUUUCUUGAAUUAGUGCGUAAACAAGCAAACAAGGAUGUGAGGGAAUUGCCUGGUUCGGUUUUUGGAAACCCCCCAAUGGGCAUUUUUCUGUCGGCAAUUACUCCUGGAAUUAAGCUUGAAAUUCGUCAUUAUGACUACGACUCUUUGUUUCCCGACAAGAAAAUUUUUUGGAUUGCUUCAGUCAUUAAGGUGGUUGGUUAUCGAUUAUUAAUGCGUUAUGAAGGAAUGGAUGAACCUGGCGAUGAUCGUUACGAUUUUUGGAUUAGUUUGGGGUCUGAUGAAUUACAACACGUUGGACAUUGCAAAUUCCACAAUCAAACCUGCGAUUUAUUGCCUCCAAAUUCUAUUCGAGAAAGGCAUCCAGAUUGGUCUGUUUAUAUGGCUGAAAGACUGGUCAAGUGUAAAACUCUUUUGGCUAAUUGGGAGGAGGAAAGGCAGAUUGCUUUGGUCGAAGGAAGAUUUAAGGUAGGCACUCGUCUAGAAUUACUCGAUCGACAAGCCUCUGAUAGUGUCCGUCCAGCACGUGUUAUUCAACAACUUGGGCGACGGAUUUGUGUACGUGUCAGUUCCCAAGAUGUAGAUGCAAAAGAUUUGGGGGAUGAUUCUGCACAGACAAAAACGGGCAUUUGGUGCGAUGAAAGUUGGGAAUUAAUUUUUCCUGUUGGAUGGGGGAAACAAAAUGGAUGGAAAGUGGUAGCAAAUACUCAAUAUCUCCAACAUUGUGAACAAAUAAAUUCAGCUUUAGCUCAAGGUCGUAAACCUGAAUAUAUGCCUUUUGAUGCUAUGCCAGAAAUAUUUGCUUGGUAUAAAAAUGAAGAAGAGGGGGGAGCAUCUAAUGAAAAAAAUUUGAAACAAAAUAAGGCUGAAUGGGAAGUCGGAAUGAAAUUUGAAUGUUUGGAUCCUUUAAAUGAAACAUUUUUGGAAUUAAAAGUGGCUACAUGUAUUGAAAUAUUGAAAGAUGGCUAUUUAAAAGUUGGCUUUGAUGGACCUGAUAUGGAGACUGAAGCAGUUCCUUUUCACUGUACAUCCCCAUAUUUAUUCCCAAUUCAUUAUGCAAAAAAAUAUGGAAUUAAAUUGGAUGGUCCUUUAGAUGAUAUGAGAAAUUUUUGCUGGGAAAAAUAUAUUAAACAAUCUCAAGGAAGUGCUGCUCCAGAUGAUUUAUUUGAUAAAGUUCCUUCACCUAAUGAAAUGGAAGAAUUUAAGAUUGGAUCAAAAUUGGAGGCGACGGAUCAAUGUGAAUCUAAUCUAAUUUGUCCAGCAACCGUUAGAGCAGUUCGUGGACGGCUGUUACAGAUUCAUUUUGAUGGCUGGGGGAAUGACUAUGACCAAUUGUUUGAUUAUCGAUCUCGUGAUUUAUUCCCUCUUGGUUGGUGCGAAAUGUAUGGCUACAAAUUAGAAAUUCCGCAAAAUGAUGAACUCUUGUCGGCACGCAAAAAGAAGUAAAAAGCAAAAAAAAAAUUUGGAAUGGAUUUAUGGUAUAUUUAUUGUCGUAAAUAAUGGUAAAUCUAAUGUUUUUUUGUUUAAAAAACGUUUAAAACCCCAAAGAUUUUUUUCCAUUAGAAUUUUGGGCGCCUGAUAAAAUUUUUAUAUUUUUGCGGACAAUUUUUUGCGGAUUUAAAAAAAAGUUUCUUUCGGUUAGAUUGUAAACAGGGAGUGCUGGAUUUUGGUGUUUUUUCCGGCUCCAUUUCUGUACAUUCCAAAAUCUUAAGGGGAGUCUGAGUCAAAGUCCUAGGCUCCGCCCGAUGUCGGAUUCGAAUUUAAAAAUUUUAUUAUUUUUCAAAAAGUGUUUGUCCGCAAAAAUUUCCAAAAAGAAAAUUUUAUUAGCAC